GGGGCGGCCGCCGCCGCCUCCUGACGAGGCAAACGGCGGCGCCCCCUCCCCUCAGCCGCCCCGACCGCCCUGUCAGGCCCGGCCCGACGCCCCGAGCGUGCCGGGUGACACCGCGGCCUCGGGUCCGGGGGCCGCGCACCUGCCGGGGCCCGCCUCGCCCUGCCGCCGAGGAGCGAAGAGCUCCCCCCGCCCCGGUGUGGCGGAGGCAGACGGGAGGGCACGGCCCGGCCCCCGCCCGCCCUGCGCUGCCUCCCCCUCGCAGCGCGGAGCCGGCGGCCGCCCGCCCCCGCCGCCGCCCGCGCACGUGUGCCGGGGAAGGCGCUCGGUGCCGCUCGCCGCCCGGGCGGCGCUUCCCCCCCCCCCCGCCGCCUACCCCCUCCUCCGCAGCGGGAGCGGAGAGCAGCCUCCGCCCGACACGCCCGGCAGCGCCGGGGCCGCUCGCCGACGUGCCUCCCGCGCGGGCGGCCGCCCAGCCAGGACGUCGCCGCCGCUGAUGGCCGCCCCGCUGCCCGGUGUGCCGCGCGGCGCAGGGCGGGCGGCGGAGCCCGCUGGCGGCACCCCCAGCGACGCGCUGGGCUCCCCCUGCCCGCCUCCCCGGACCCCUGGGGGGGACACGCCGCCCUCGCCCCCCGACAGGAGAAAAAAGAAAGAUGACAAUAUUUUGGAGAUCCCAUCAAUUCCAAAUCCUUUUCCUGAGUUGUGUUGCUCUCCGUUUGCAUCAGUUUUGUCAGCCAGUCUGUUGCCCAAGGCAACUUCAAGAAAAAAACAGGUAAUUAAAGUGUAUAGUGAAGAUGAUACUAGCAGAGCUUUGGAAGUACCAAGUGAUAUAACAGCCAGGGAUGUAUGUCAGCUAUUGAUAUUGAAGAACCACUAUAUUGAUGACCACAGCUGGACUCUGUUUGAACAACUUACCCACACGGGUUUAGGAAGAGCUAUAGAGGACCAUGAAUUAGUGAUGGAAGUCCAGUCAAAUUGGGUAAUGGAAGAGGAAAACAAACUGUAUUUUAGAAAAAAUUAUGCCAAGUAUGAGUUUUUUAAAAAUCCACUGGGCUUUUUUCCAGAUCAUAUGAUAUCUUUUCCAAGUGAGACCAAUGCAGCUGUAAGCCACUCUGGGAUAUUACAGAUGUUUCUAAGCUCCAGCACGUAUCCUGAGAUUCAUGGUUAUUUGCAUGCAAAGGAGCCGGGGAAGAAAUCGUGGAAAAAAUUGUACUUUCUUUUGAGAAGAUCUGGCCUUUAUUUUUCCACUAAAGGUACAUCUAAGGAGCCAAGGCAUCUGCAGUUUUUCUGUGAAUUCAGCAAUAGUGAUAUGUACAUGUCUUUGACAGGCAAAAAGAUUUCUGGAGCACCAACAAACUAUGGAUUCUGCUUUAAGCCUAACAAAUCAGGAGGAACCAGAGACCUGAAACAGCUCUGUGCAGAUGAUGAACAAAGUAGGACCUGUUGGAUGACAGCAAUUAGGUUGCUUAAGUAUGGGAUGCAGCUGUAUCAGAAUUACAUGCAACCAUAUCAAGGUAGAAGUGGCUGCAGCCCUUUGAAUGUAACACCUAUGAGAAGCAUUUCAGAAAAUUCUUUAGUAGCAAUGGAUUUCUCAGGACACAGAAGCAGAAUUAUAGAAAAUCCAACAGAAGCCCUUUCAGUUGCAGUUGAAGAAGGAUUAGCAUGGCGGAGAAGAGGGUGUCUACGACUCAACUCACAUGGUAGUCCUAUUGCUAUGUCUAACAUGGCUAUACACAGAUCUCAGUCGUGGUUUCAUCAUAAAAUCUCUAGAGAAGAGGCUCAGAGACUUAUUUUGCAGCAUGGACUUGUAGAUGGGGUAUUCCUUGUACGUGAUAGCCAAAGUAACCCCAAAACAUUUGUAUUGUCAUUGAGUCAUGGAUUAAAAAUAAAGCAUUUUCAAAUUGUACCAGUUGCUUCAGGUUAUCCUGCAUUUAAAAAUGUCUCCUUUCAGAUAGGGCAUGCAGCCUGCCAAUUCAAGCUGCCCCCACAUUAACAGAUGCAUCAUGUUAACAUUGGUAACAUGUACAACAGGUAUGGCAGGUGGGUGGCAGGGAAUUGAUUGUAAAAAGUUGAAAAGUUGGGAUACAUUUGGGAUCCCAUGGUGUGAAAAUUGGAGAACUUGAUAGCUUAAAUGUAUUUUGUAGCUUUACUACUCUGAGCUGAUACAAGGUAACUUCAGUGUAGUCUAUGCUGAAAUUAGCUGUUCUGUAGUCCACGCGAACGAAGAAGAAUUGGUACGCAUUUCUGGGACUAUCUUUUUCCAAUCACUGCUCUCUCAUAACAGCCGCCUUAGCUGGCAGAACAUGUUAAGUUCCUGGGCAACAUAACUUUGAUACAAAUUUUUACUUUGCAAAUAUAGAUUACUUUAGAAUUAGCAAUCUGUCUGGUAUUUCCUUCAAGGUUUGGGAUUAACUUGGAGGGGGAAAAAUAAGCUAAAAAUGAAAUCCCAGUCAACAGAGAUCUCAAUUGUCAACUCUUCCUUGUCUUCAGUGUGUUGGCAGAAAAAUUGCAUGCAUAAGGAAAGUUUGAUGGAUGAUAAUCCAUUUUCAGGUUCUUGGCUGGAGCACAAGGAAUUUACACAGGCACACAUUGGUAAUUCCUUAACUAGCAGUGUUUGACCUGGGUUGAUCAAAGUCUGAGAAUAAAGAAGUUACAAAGUACUUCUACGCAUGGUAGAAAGGGCUAGAAUAACCAGGAGUCAUAAGCAGUUCAACAGCUGCUUCAGAUGAGAAAUCUUAUUUACAGAUAAGAGAGUGAAUUAUGUCUUCUCUGUUCCCCUGUACUCAAGUAGGGUAGUUGCAUCUUUCUCUAGUAGACCAUCUGCUACUCGACGCUAGUCCUACUUCAGGAUCUUCUCUUCACUACUCUCUCAAUCUUGUAAAGUAUCUUUUUUCCCUUUUCUUUUUAAAAAAGGUUUAAAUAGAUUUUUUUUUUUUUUUACCUUCUGUUUACAUGAAUACUAAUCAGUUAGUAUUGCACUGAAGCUUCUUGAUAGUAGAUGUAACAGCAGUAGAGGACAUAAACUGAGAAAGUAUAUAGUCAGCAGUGCAAUACAAAUUGUGUGAGAGCUAAUAUUCAGUAACCUAGAAUAGGGAAAUCCCGGUUGUAAAUUUUUAAGCAUCUAAAAGUCAAAAGUAAUCUUUCAGGGUAUGUUUUACAGUUUCUUCUUUCUCUCCUGUAUCUAUGUUAAUACAUGCAUUUGGAACUGCAGCAGUUCUUUCUCCUACAACAAAGAACGUAUUAGUACAUCAAGCACGUUACUUUUACAGUGGGCAGCUUCUUGUGUAGCAAACAUCAUCUAGUACACCGGUACACUACUGCGUAGCUUCAUUGCACCUUACAAAAUCAGCAACACAAAAUGUAGCGGGUACACAGAAUGUGAGUGGAGCAAAGGUUGAAAUCCAUGAGUAAGUUGAAGCUUGGUUGUUUCUUGUCACUCUGUAAAAAACCUCAGUGUUCAUAUUAACUCUAGCUAUCAUUCCAAAGCAAAGGCAUAAAGUAGUAUUGUUAGUGCAGAAAGAAUAUUCCUAGACUUACUUAACUGUUCUGUCCUUUUAGGCAAGUACCAUUUAACUUAAAGGGGAAGUUAAAGAAUGCAUUAUUUUUGUUGUUUAUUUUUGAUCUUGCUGUGAAUGUGUUUUUCCUUCUCUCAGUAGUCAUAAGAUUGAAUGUCUUGGUCUACAAGAAGACUUCUCAAAUAAGUAUUUCAAUCGGGAAGAAAUACCACAGCAAAAGAGGAUUUUAUUCUACCUUGUUUUU